AUGAAAAUGCUUUGGAAACUGACGGAUAAUAUCAAGUAUGAGGAAUGUGAGAUGUUAGUUCACAGUUUCUCAGCGAUGGACCGCCACGACGCUACCAGCAACGGGACAGCCCGGCUACCCCAGCUGGGGUCGGUGGGCCAGUCCCCCUACACCAGCGCACCUCCGCUCUCGCAUACACCGAACGCUGACUUCCAGCCCCCCUAUUUCCCACCUCCAUACCAGCCCAUUUACCCACAGUCUCAAGACCCGUAUUCCCACGUUAACGAUCCGUAUAGCUUGAACCCUCUUCACGCCCAGCCUCAACCCCAGCACCCGGGCUGGCCGGGACAGAGGCAAAACCAGGACACGGGGCUUUUGCAUACGCACCGCGGACUUCCCCACCAGCUCUCCGGCUUGGAUCCCCGGAGGGAUUACCGGCGGCAUGAAGAUCUCUUGCACGGACCUCACGGCUUGGGCUCAGGACUAGGAGAUAUUCCCAUUCACUCGAUACCUCACUCGCUGGAGGACGUGCCGCACGUAGAGGACCCCGGUAUUAACAUCCCAGAUCAAACUGUAAUUAAGAAAGGCCCCGUGUCCCUCUCCAAGUCUAACGCCAACGCCGUCUCCUCCAUCCCCAUCAACAAGGACGCGCUCUUCGGCGGCGUGGUGAAUCCCAACGAGGUCUUCUGUUCGGUGCCCGGCCGCCUGUCUCUGCUCAGCUCCACCUCCAAAUAUAAAGUCACCGUGGCGGAAGUGCAGAGGCGCCUGUCCCCGCCGGAGUGCCUCAACGCGUCUCUGCUGGGCGGAGUGCUACGGAGGGCAAAAUCAAAAAAUGGAGGGAGAUCUUUGAGAGAAAAACUGGACAAAAUAGGAUUAAAUUUGCCAGCCGGGAGACGUAAAGCUGCUAAUGUUACCCUGCUGACAUCACUAGUGGAGGGAGAAGCCGUGCAUCUCGCGAGAGAUUUUGGUUACGUCUGUGAAACAGAAUUUCCUGCCAAAGCAGUAGCUGAAUUUCUCAACCGGCAACAUUCCGAUCCAAACGAACAAGUCACAAGAAAAAACAUGCUUCUAGCGACGAAACAGAUCUGUAAGGAGUUCACCGACCUGCUGGCUCAGGAUCGAUCUCCACUGGGGAACUCUCGGCCCACCCCCAUUCUGGAGCCGGGCAUCCAGAGCUGCCUGACCCACUUCAACCUCAUCUCUCACGGCUUUGGCAGCCCUGCUGUGUGCGCAGCAGUCACUGCCCUGCAGAACUAUCUCACCGAGGCGCUCAAGGCCAUGGACAAAAUGUACCUCAGCAACAAUCCUAAUAGUCACACAGAUAACAGCACCAAAAGCGGCGACAAAGAAGAGAAGCACAGAAAAUGAGGAUUUUCUUCUUGCAGCCCCAGCCCGCCAACCAGCCAGCCUGGCCCU